GCUCUACUCUGAGCCUGUCCCGGAUGGCUGAACUUCUCAAGUAUAUAACAUUUUAAACAAAUACAAUAUCCUGUACAAACAUGUGAAAAAUAUAAAAUAACAGAUCAAAUUUAGAGCGACGUUAAAAACAAUCACGCUGAGUAAAAGAGUUAUUCUCUCGCUCCUUUAAGACAGACUUGAUCUCCCCGAGGUAACCCGUUCUGAUCAUUUCAGUUCCUUCUGCAGAGGAAGAGCCAGUAAUAAAACAUAAAGCACAAUGGUGGACAGUAUCCAACCUCUUUAGGUAGUGGGCAGGUGCGUUCAUAAAAAGCAGGUCACUGUAAUCCAAUAAAGGUCAAAAAGUUGCAUAAAUCAAGUGUUUUCUCACUUGGAGGGAGAAACGUAGUUUUCACGUCGACACCUCUCUCCUGCUUCUUCCCCGCUCAGUCAAACUGGAUGUCUGACGUUAGCUGGAGUUUAGAGAAGGUCUGCAGUGUUGUUGUCAUCUGCACAGAGGCCUCAAAGACAGAGGGACGACAUCACUGCUAAAAUAUAUAGUUCACUCCGGGAAAAUCAUCGGAAACAUCCAUGUGCGAGCUGCAAAGCACCUCCACCUUCCAGAGGUUCUGCUGACAGCAUACAUGCCAUGUUGCCAGGUCUCCUUCUGUGCUCCAAAUACUCCAAUUUCUGGAACUGGGAUGCCAGUUUGGGUUUUUUCAAGCCUACUUUUGAAACAUUCUUCACUUUCUGUUCUUCAGCUUCGGUGGCCUGAGGAUUUCAGCUUUGCUAUUAAGAGAAGACGAGGUUCUUUAAAUCAUGAGUGCAGUGUGCAGGAACGAGAAUCAGCAGCUCCAAGGCCAUGAUCCUCAGCUGGAAAUGGGUGGUGUGCCCGCUCUGAUCCGGGAUGAGUCGCUGCCUCGAGUAGAAGAUUUGAAGCACCUCGAGGUCUUUUCACACGUGAUGGAAGAGCAGAGCACGAGAUCAACAGAUGGACUGGUGCGAACGCCGAACCGAGAGCCCUGAGUGUAAAAGUGAAGCUUUACUGUUGAUCUACAGUCACCUUCUGCUCUGGGUAGUUACUGAUAAUGUGGAAAUGAUCUUCCUCUGAAAGAUGAAAGGAGGAGCUUGGAGUACAGCUGCUACGCCUCCACAUCAAAAGAAGAUGGUGGCGGAUGCUUGGAUGCCUGCUGGGAUACUGGGAGGAAGCACGAAGGCAGACCCUGGACUGACCUUGAGGUUAUAUCUCAGCUGGCUUGGGAAUGCUUGGAGUCCCUCUUGAUUAGUUAGGAAGAGGUGGAUGGACGGGGGGGGGUCUGGGUGUCUGCUGCCCCCAUGACCCAAAGCUCGAUGGAUGAACCGAUUCACAGCAAAAUGUAUCUAUAAAAGAUGAAUGUACUCCGAUCUGACAAGCGACAUAAACCUUCAUUCUUUGCCAGCAGGGGGCGACUUCUUUGAUUGCAAAAAUGAUUUUGAGUACAGGAGUUACAUGAUGACUUUAUCGUGUCUGUCACUGGUCUCAGAGCUUCGUGGAUAAAACAGGAUGUUUAUCCCUUAAAUUAUGAGUCAGAUAAACACGAGUCUGCAGGCUAACGCAGGUCGAGCUUGUGGCUCGCAGGUCUGCGUGAGGGUGAGUAUGACAGGAUGAUUCAGUGCUUAAUCCUGUCUUUACAAACAGAUUCAUCUUUAAAUAUCACUCUGCCUUUUCCUUGUGACGAGUAAUAUUGGUGUUCAGCUCACUCAAACACACACAUUUGAAUCUUACUUAAACCAGAGCUCAGCCACAAACACUCCCACACCUGCGAGUGGAAGUAUCGCCUGCGGCUGUUUGACAUUCAGGCAAACAUGUCGCCUCACGUUUCUCCACCCGGAGAAGAAUCGUGCGCUCUGAGCAAAGACUCGUCGGGUGGAAACGGCCGCAGUGCAGAGUGCGCACGAAGCUUAUUGUUUGAGUCGCUCUGGUUUGAGAAGAAGCCGUACAGGCCGCGCGAUUUAUGCCUGUCAGGCGUUCGCCGCCGACUCAGCUGUAACUCUCUGCCUGUUUUGUGCACGGUGCAUCCUGCAGGGGGCGAUCUCGCCACUGGGGUCAGAAAACACGGGGACCGGAGGGUGAAGGUGGUCCGGCUGUCCGAGUUGAUCAGCGUCCUCAGACUCCCCCCGAACGCUGAGGCCUGCCCCAUGGAGAACAUGUGGGCGUUCUGCGUGGAGACUCAGGACAGGACCAUGGUGUUCGCCGCACUCAGAGACGACUGUGCCGACUGGGUGGACAAACUGUGCCAAAGCACGUUUCAGAAAGGAGGCCGUCCACGCUCCAAUCAGCCCAAAAUGGAGGAGAACCAGAUAUACGUCUCAGUAGAAGAAGCCUCUGAGUUCUGGGUGGCGAUUCAGAGGACGGAGGCAGCGACCCGCUGCAGCCUGCAGGGGGCGUACUGGCUGCAGGUGGGACGGGAGGCGCUGCUUCUGAAAGAAACCCAGAAGAAGAAGGUUGUUCACGAGUGGCCGUACGAACUCCUGAGGCGAUACGGGAAUGAUAAGCUGACCCUAACCAUCGAAGCCGGGCGGCGCUGCGACUCCGGUCCUGGAGUGUUCAUCUUUGAGACGCCGCAGGCUGAGAAGAUAUUCGCCCUGAUUCAGAGCACCAUCAAACUGAAGACUUCAUCGACCAACCAAAACCCAGAGGGAGAGAAGGUUGCGGUAACCAACAUACAGGCUCAUUCGCCCCUCCCCAAAGUCCCCGAUAUGACCAACAUGGCCGCCAUCCUGGAGAACAAGCUGAGGACAGAGGAGAGCAGAGAAGAGAGCACACAUGCUCGGGAAGAUCACCCGCCUCCUAUCACCCUCAUGCCACUCCCACUGGUCCCUGCUGGCUCCUCUGCAGGUAACCAUGGAGACCAGUCAGAGGCCAUAUAUGCUAAUCCGACUGAUUGCAUCCGGCCUGUAACAAAACCCCCGCCUGUCAGAGCCACGUAUAUCGACCCUGCGAGCGUUCUUCCUCUCAACCCCCCAUGUGCCGCUCCGCAUCCCCCCCCUCGCGCAGACGACCCGGAUUCGGUCUACUCGGAGGUGUACGACAAGGUCGGCCAUCACCAGAACAAAGACAACAUCCUCCAGAAAAAAGAAGAAACGAAGGUUUCAGCAGAGGGUGACGCGGUCUACGCCCAACCCGGCAGACGGAGCGAAGUGUCUCUGAAAAGCAAAGCAAAGGCCGACCCCUUCGCUCAUCUUUACGCUCAUGUCUGUAAGAAAGCACCGUCGUCUAGCCCCUCGUCAUCCAAUGACAGCACCCCCUCCUCCUCGUCUCCUAUCGCCAACAGGAGCACAACAAAAGCCUCGGAUUGUCCGCUUGAUGAUGUAAUCUAUGAAAACCUGGGCAUCAUUUAACUCUGGUGUUUAGAAAACAUCUGAAACCAUCAUUGACAUUCUUCAUAGUAAAAUUGUUUGAAAACUCGUGUUACCGCAGCUCAGGCGAUGUAGGCUGGACGUCGGAGGAACUGCCGGUUUUGAAAGGUCAGGGAUCAGAUGUUUGAGAAACUUCUUGCUUGCUUCCUAAAAUAUGAAUAUUUAAUCAUGAAGACAGGUAAAUAAAUAAACCUGCAUGAAUGUGAUUUAUGUUAAUGUAUCUGUUUAUCUGCAUAUUUAUAAGUUUAGCACUCCCGUGUUGCAAAUUCAUACUCUGACUGAUUUUUCCACAUAGAAAACUUCUCAUACACGAUUUUUACAUAUAAAACUGUAAACACGCUUGUUUGGUUACGAUGUACAAAUGUAUGCUGCAAAAAUGUCCCUGAGUCAUGUUACAUACGUGGGCCUUACUGUGUUUCUGUGUAAAUAUAGGAGCUAUGACAGGUAUCGCCAUCAUCUGUUACCGUAAGUGUUAAUGUGCUUUAUUCUAAUAUUGUGCUUUAAAUAAAACAAAUAUAUGACACUUUU